AUGGCCAAAAUCGUACUCUUCUGCCUGCUGAGCCUCUUGGCAUGCGCUGCAGGUCAACGCAUCACGACAAUCCACCUGGAUGGAGUGCAGUACUUCAUCAGUCGAAUGAAUCCCUACUCCCCGGAGCUCAACUACUUCCUGGCCUACCAGUACUGUCGCUCCCUGGGCCUGCAACUGGCCUCGUUCGAGACGAAGGAGAAGGCCGAAUCGAUGACCACGUAUCUGAAGAAUGCCGGUUACGGCAACUACGAUUUCUGGACCUCCGGCAAUCGCCUGGGCACGGGCAUGUUCCUAUGGAUGAGCACUGGUCUGCCGUUUAACGCCACAUUCGAUUUCUUCGAGAACUCGGCGGACGCCAUCCAGGCCGGUCUGCUCGAUCCCGUCGAUCAUAACAGCAACACCUCGCCCCAGCGCACCGCUCGCGACAGCAGCAGUGGCGCCGAGAAGGGAUGCGUGAUCCUGAAGCAGCCCACGCUCAAGUGGAUGCCCGAGGACUGCUCGGCCGUGAAGGACUUCAUCUGCGAGCAGACCCGCUGCUACUACUACAACUACGGCAGCAUCCCCGUCUCGUCGGCGCAGGGACGUCCCAUCACCUCCACCACCCCAAGGACUCCUGCCUCGCUGCUGAACCUGCAUGUGGCCGCCACCACCACUCCUCUGCCCCUGUUGAUGUCCACCAGCGGAGCCAUGUACACCGCUGCCAAGGCCAAAUCCUCGCCAGCCGUGGGCCACCGUCUGCUCGAUGAUUCCAGCUCGCAGCAGCAGCCAUCCUUCAUGUCCUUUAAGCUGAACCACGAUCGCUCGCUGCCCGACACGGAUGCCACUGACGUGGAUGUGGAGGAUCAGGAGGCGGACUUGGAUGGCGAGGAGCACGAUGACCACGAGGCUGAGGGCGAGGAGGAGCACGAGGAGCACGACAACUUCGAGGAGCAUGCCCGUGAGCUGAGCAACGACAGCGAUGGCGACAUCAAGGAGCACGUAUUCCCACUGAGCGACAACGAACUCCACCCCGAAGUGCACUCGAUUGAGGAGGUACAGCAGCAGUUGCAGCACGAGGAUGCGGAUGCGGAUGCGGAUUCGGCACCAGCUCCCGCGGCGGCUGAGGAGAACGAGAGCACGCAGCACGACGCGGAGGCGGAUGGAGAGCACGAGCCGGAGGGAGUUGAGGGCGAGACCGACUUGGAAACUGAGCCGCAGGUGGAUCUGAUCAAGGCCAACGAACCACUGGCGAUGCCCAGCUCCACUGAAUCGCCAGCCGCCGCCAUCGAGGAGCGCAUCAAGCAGAUCGCCCAGGACUUCCAGAAAAUGGCCAGCUCCCAGGAGUUGCAGCCCAAGGAGGAGCUGACCCCCCAGUCCUCCCUGUCCCUCAACGAUCUGAUACGCACCCUGCGGCCCAACGAACAGCAGAUCAUCCCGCAGAUCGACUCGGACUACUCGAAUGCCAUGCGUGUCCUGGGCAAGCCACUGGCGGCCAACAACUAG